AUGGGGCCAGGUGGUGAGCUGGCACAGUGGAGGCUUGUUCCUCGUGGCAGUAGGGCGGCGGGCGCGGAGGGCGGACUACGCGGGCUUACGAGGAUCGACAUGCCGUUGCCGAGUAGGGAAGGUUUGACUACGCCACGGAGCGCUCGGGCUCCUAUCGGCAGGCGACCUCCGAGCACGCUUCCUCAUCGGCUGAAGAAGGAGAAGUCUUUGGACAGUCCCCCUGAGAUGGACUCUCCGGGAGGAAGUGUCAGCAGUGACUUGCGACGGCAGAACGAGGAGCUGCGCGCUCGUCUUGCCGGCGAGGCUGCUGAUCAUAAGCGUAGACUUGAGGCCUAUCGUCGAGCGCAGCAAGGCCAAGCUGCGUUAGUGUCUAGGCUUCAGUCCAAGGUGCUGCAAUACAAGCAGCGAUGUUCGGAGCUGGAGAACCAGAUGUUGGAGACGACUCCGCGCAGCGAGCCGUCGUCCACCUUCCGCGCUCCAGCAGUGAAGAGCCACUCCGUGUCACUGCCGCCGCCGCCCUCCGCCACCACGUGCUCCUCGGCCGCAGUGGCUGCUGCAGACGCCAGGAUCACCGACCUGGAGACCGCGUUGAGGCGUUUGGAUGAAGAAAAGCGCAAGUGUGAGAAACUGGUGCAGCAGAACAACUUGCUGCGUGACCAACUGGAGGAGUCUCACCAUCUGAAUGAGGCUCUUACUAAUGACCUGCAGAAGUUGACCAACGACUGGGAGGCCCUACGGGAUGAGAUGGCCAUCAAGGAGGACGAGUGGAAGGAUGAGGAACAGGCAUUCAACGAUUACUACUCCAACGAACAUCAUCGCCUGCUCAGCCUGUGGCGUGAGGUCGUUUCUGUGAAGCGUCACUUCGCUGAGCUGCAGACCAACACUGAGCGUGACCUGUACCGUGUGAGGAAUGAGUUCGAUUCCAAUGCUAGGGAACUUGUUGGUAUGCUCAGCGGAUAUUCCAUCAAUGCCUUUGCUGCUCAAAGUAUGAAGCCUGACUUCCAGUCAUCUCAGCAGAACAUCUACCAGAGCCAACAACCAGGUGGUUACCAAGGUUCUCACCAGGCUGGGUACCAGGGGUCUCACCAAGCUGGUCAUGCGCCGGGUAUGCAAGGGGCUCAAGGUCACGCGACCAGUGGAGCGGGUCCGUAUACUGUGGAGGGUAUGCGCGUGGACUUGCGCGACAUGACUGCGCAACGUGACACUGCGCUGGCUGAGUUGCGCGAACGUGAUGCCAGGAUACAACGCUUGUUGGGAGAACUGCAGGGCUUGGAGGAGCGCUGUGAGAGCGCGGAGGCGUCGUGCGAGGCGGCGGGCGUGAUGCGCGCGGCGCUGGAGGACGUGGCGCGCGCGCUCAUACACGACUCCGACGCGGACACCGCGCCCGCGCACGCCGCGCAUCUACAUCUACACGAUAGAUCACCAAAACGCAUUACUUCAUCCGCCAACGCGACUGCUUUUGCUGAAAGCACAAUAUCUGCCGUACAAGCCGCGCUACACAAGUACCAGAUACAAAUACAUGAGUUACAAGUAAAACUGCAGAACACCCGCGAACAACUGACAACUUGUAGGAAGCACGGCGAGGCGGCCGACCUCAAUGUCGUCUCUCUAGAGAGCAAGGUCCAGGACCUACAAGGUAAAUUAGAUCAAGCCAACGCCGACCUUCAUCAACUCUUGCAAGAGAAAGAGUCCAUGCAGAAGACGGUGGAGGCGCUCCGGAUCGAUAAGAAUAACCUCGAGAGGAACCGAGUCGAGAUCAAUGCUAUGGUGGAAUCUCUAACAUCAGACUAUGAGAAACUUCAAAAGAUCAAUUCUCGUCUAGAGAAAGCUAUUGAGGCACUGGAGAGUGAGAAGAGGAACUUGAAUGAUGAGGUGGACCAUCUACACCGCGAGGCGUCUAGCAGAGAGGCAGUGUUGAGGGCCGAAGAAGAACGUGCUUCGCGUCUACGCUCGGAACUGGUGACCACCAGAGAGGAGCUCAACAAGACAGCGCUGGCGCGGGACUUGCUCGACCAACAGAAGAUUGAAGCCGACGCCAUACUCUCGCAGAUGGAGAAACAUAGGAGUGACCUAGAGAUAGAACUGGAAAGGACUCUUAUGGAGAGAAGUGAUCUGCAAGACCUCGUGGAGAAACUGGAAGCGGCUGUGAGGAACCUUGAGAGUGACAAGAAGAAGUUGCAUGAAGAUGUCAAACAUUUGGAAGAUGAGAAGUCGAACCUAUCAAGUCAGUCAUCAGAACAGCAAGGAGAUCUUAACUCCUUGCGCAAAGAGUUACUGGCUGCUGAACAAACUAGAAUGGAGCUUGAGGCUGACAAGGCGUCUCUUUGUGAGAAGAUCAAGUUCCUCGAAGGAGAGAGAGAUAAAGUGGAGUUGGAGUUACGACAGGUUAUGAGGGAGCGCGGUGAGCUAAGCUCCCAAUUAACAGCAAUGGUCCGCAAGAAGGACACUUUGAACGAGGAGAUCAUACGUCUGCAGCAACGACUGGAGCAGGCCAAUGAGACCAUCGGCAGAAUUAACAGGGCUCUGGAAGACCACGUCAAGGAUGGAGAGGAUAAACAGAUCCUCAUAGACUCCCUGGAGAAGGACAAGCAGCAUCUGCAAGAGCAGUUGGCAGGAGUACGGUCGGAGAAGGACGCGCUGGAGGCCGUGCUGUUCGAUACUGCCAACUUGUUGGAGGACACGGACAACAAGAGGAACAAACUGGAGCAUGAGCUGCAGGAGUCGCUGGUGCAGCAGGAGAAUUACAAGGGUCAAAUCGCCCGCCUCACGAAGGACCUAGAGAACAGUGAGCGCAAACUCCGCGACACUCGCAACUCUAUGUCGCAGGCGUCGGGGAAGAAGGAGGCCGAGUACCAACAGAUCAUCACAAACAUCAACCGAACUACUACUGAAAACAUCACCAAGCUAAAGGAGGAGAAGGAACAACUCCGCCAAACACUAGAACACAAGCUAAGUCAGACUAUAGCGGCGUUAACGAGUGAUAAAGAGUCAUGCGAGGCUAGCGCGCGGGAGAGGGAGAAGAAGCUGUUGAUAGCGAGAGACCAACUUAUACUGCAACACGAUGAGGCCAUGCUGAGAGCUGAGAAUGAUAAGCAACAGGCGUUGUUGAUGGCUCACCAAGAACAACAAGCCCUACUGGAGCGUCUAGAAGAAGCGAAGCGUGCGUUUGACUGCGAACAGAACAAGUUGGAGCGAGUGCGACGGGACGCGCAUGCGCGGGCCGAGCAGGACAGGACCUACGUCAACCAACUCAAGGACGAGAUGGCCGCGCUCAAGACACGCCUGGAGGAAGCUAAAGCUACAGCAGAAGAUGAGUGCGCUCGUUUCGAGAACCGUAUCAAAGAACUACACCUUGAGAAGGAAGCCGUCAUGCGCGAGUGUACUGAGAUCCGAGCACAACUGUCUCUCGCUGAGGACAAGUACGAUAAUGCGUACGCGCAGCUACAGGAUACCAUGAGGAAGUUGAAGGAGUUGGAGAAUGAAGCGGACAGUCUCCGCAAGGAGCUGACGGACGUCCGGCGCCAGCUGACCAACUGCACGGCGGAGCGCGACAAGUACAACGCGAGCUGCCGCGAGCUGCGGGACCACGUCAAGCGGGCCGAGCACGAGCGCAGGGAGGCCGCGCGCGCCAGGGACGAGGCAUACCAUAAGAUCGCAGGUUUGGAAGAAAACCGUACGACUCUCGAUCUGGAAUUGUCUCGCGUUCAGACAAUGUUGAAGGAGAGCGAGACGGGAGGUGAACACGUGACCCGCGAGCUGAAGGCCACUGAGAACCAGCUCAAGAGGGAACGAGCUGCUUUGGAACAGGCCAACCAUGAUAUCAAGGAGUUGCAGUCUAGACUGCAGAACGAGUGCGAGGAGCGCGAGCGCUGCGCGGGCGACGCGGCGGCGGCGCGGCGGCACGGCGCCGAGCUGGAGGCGCUGCUGGCGGCCGCGCGCGCAGACCUGCAGGCCUGCAGGCAGCGCGCCGCUGACCUGGACGAGGCCUGCCGGGCCAGGGACCAGGAGCUGGUACUGCGCCUGGAAGACUGUCGGUCCAAGGAGCGUCGACUGGAAGAACUGAAACAUAACCUCGAGGUGUGCCUCGCUGACGCCACCCAGCAGAUACAGGAACUUAAGGCUCGACUAGGCGGCAGUGAGGGUCGUUGCCGUGCGCUGGAGGCGUCCCUGUCGCAGUGCGAGACCGGGCGGCGCGAGGCGGAGGCCAAGUUGUCGUCCGUCGCGCACGGACUGCGCCGCGUGUGUGGCCUGCAGCCCGACGGGUCCGUGCACGCCGCCUGCAGGAAGCGACUCGCCAGCCCCGCGCGACGGUACAGCCCGCACAGAGGUCGAGAUCACUCAGAGGAUCGCAAUGAGAUCAUAGACGUAGAUCCGGAGCUCAUCAAGAAAGGAAUGCGUAACUUGAUGCAUGAUGUGUGCCAGAUUGAGAGGGAAAAGGACGACUACAAGUCGCAAGUGAGCAUGUUGAAGAAGCAGUUGAAGGACGCGAGCGAGCAGCAAGGCAAGGGCGACACCAAGCUGCAGGCAGUGACCAGCAGCCUGCGCGCGCUGCAGGAGGAGAAGGCGCGCCUGCAGGCCGCGCACGGACAGAAGGAGGCGCAGAUAAACGCACUCAAUGAAUCUGUACAAAGUAAGACUCUGGAAAUUAGCAACUUGCGAGACAAGAUCACAAGCCUAGAGGCAGCGUUGUCGUCAGUUACUGAAGAGAAAGUUCAGAAUGAGAACAAAGGAGACAAUCUUAGAGUACAGUUGGCGGAACGUGUGCAGGAGGUUGGUCAACUACGUGAAGCGCUUGCAGCGGCUGAAGGUCGUGCGUCUCGUCUAGAUGUCCGUCGCGCUCAGUUGGAGGGCGACGUACAGAGAGCCGCCGUCGCAGCUAGGGACAGAGACCAAGCUCUGAAGAAAUUACAAGAACGAUGUGAAGGCUACACUCGCACUAUAGCCCAACUAGAAGACCGCUGUACUUCCCUCAAAGGCACCGUGGAACAAUUGUCCACCGCACUGCAGAAGGCUGCCGCGGCCGAGGCAGAACUUCGGUCAGAACUCGGCAAAGUUACAAGACAACUUAAUGAAGCUAAGAACAAUGAACAUAAUGCUGUUGAUAAGCUGAGACAGAUACAGAAGAGUGUGUCGAGCUGUGAGAACGAGCGGCGAGUAUUGACGGAGAAACUAGAGAGUGCUAAGGCGGCGCUCGGAGAGAUGAAGAGGAUGAACUCCUCACUCGAGGACCAGGUGCACAGACUCACCAAUCAACUCGCCAAUCUUGAAGUGCAGAGGUCCGCCUUCGAGUCCCAACUACGCAUGACGACAUGGGACGGCAAAGAAAGCAACAGUGACAGUGAGUUAGAGAGAGAACUACACCAACUACAACGCGACCGAGCUGAACUGAAGUCCAAGUGCGAAGUACUGCAGGACACUGUACGCAAGUUGGAGGCUGAGCGGCGCAUGGUCAGGCCACCGCUCAGGAGCAAGAGCCAUGAUAGAACUGAGAAGAGUGUCUACUAUUCUGAUUUGGACUCUGGUCCAGACUCCACCAAAGACUCGUCGACACGUGGCUACAAAGACUCUUCCAACAUUCCUUGCAAGGACAAGGGCUUCACUACAGACCUGAGCCUCAUUGAACUAGAGAACAGGGAGCUCAGGAUGAAGAUCCGACGCCUGGAGAAGGAACUAGCUGAUAAAGAGGCGGAGCUAACAAUGGCUCGUACAAGAUACCUGACCGACCUGUCGAGCAUGUCUCCGUCCCGUCGCAGCGACGUGGAGCACUACCGCCAGGCCGCGCUACAGGCCGAGCGACUGCUGGAGAGCAAGGAGGCUUCCUACCGACAACAGAUCAUGAGGCUGGAGACACAGGCGUCUCAGCUCCGCUCUCAGCUGACAGCGGAGAUCCGUCGUCGCCAGGCAUACAUCGCCCGCAGCGGGCGCGCCGCGCGGGACGUGCAGAGACUGCGCUCCGCACUCGGGGACUCGCUGCGGACUGUCUCACAGGAUCCAGCGCUGGACUCGUACACCUUGGAACACGAAGCAAGAAAGUUGGAUAGCACGCUCACCCACAGCCUUCCUCCGCUCAACGACAGCUACGACUCGUCCAAAUAA